GUUAACGCCCCUGGUGUGUGACAGUGAUGGAGGAGGGGCGUUCUCGCUUGGUGCAACGCGCGCACGGGCAAUUGAAGAGUAGAGAAGAGGCGCACGGGGACCACGCACUCAAUGUGCACUUACCGGUUCGUUUAUGUACGAUUUAUUUCCCGGAAGACCUUUAAGUCUCUCAGGUGCCUUUCAGGACUGGAGUUCCCAACCUCUGUGCUGAGUUACAUCCUAAAUCCUGGUGGGAUCACGACUGACCUUUGUUGCUCCCCUCAUCGGCUCCUGUUUCCCUCCCGCUCUUCCUCCAAACUUCUCUCCUCCCCUUUCUUAAACUCUGUUCCCCUCCUCCUCUGUGUCUGUCUUUCCUGGGCUUAUUACUCACUGAAGGGAGCAGCACAGUAGCUGGCAAAGGAUGAAGCGGGUCUGCCUGCCAACACCAGACAGAGGAUAGAAGCCACAAAAGGACUCGCAAGGGGGGCAAGAGAGGCCAAGAGGGAGAGAGACUGAGAAGAAAUCUAUCAGAGAGAACCACAACGAUAGUGUGAGAAGCAACAACAAUCAAGAUGCCACGCCGGAAAGACAGAAGUUUCAUCAGCUAGAAAGCCGCCACUAGCAGAUCUAUAACUCUGAACUUUUUUUUUUUUUUUUUUUUUAAACAAACUUCUAACCUGCACACACAAAAAUAAGUUGUGGAGACAGAUACUCCUACCCUCUGGAGUCCUUGUUAACACCUGCUAUGCCUCUUUAAAAAGUGUUAGCCAUGCCAGCCAAGGGAAAGUACCUGUUGAACGACCAGGAAAUGGUCAGAAAUGAGGCACUCUACCGCAAAUACUCCUGGACCAGCCAGUAUCAGCUGCUGGUACUCCUGCUGGGCCUCUCCAUGCUCUUCUGUGUAUUUCUCCUUAUUCUGUUCUUUGCCCUCCGAUUGGGAGCCAAGGAACAUUAUGUCUUUGUGAGUGUGGUGAGCGCCAGCCUGUGUGUGUUCCUAGCUGUGCUUGUGCUGGUGUGUACAGACGUACUCACACAGCGAUGGAGGCGUCUGCUAGGCCUGAUUGUAUGGGCAACACACCUCACCUUGGGCUACACCUUCAUCUUCAGUGGACCUAUUGUCUUACCUUGGGACCAGGUGCCUUUAUUCCUCUUCAUCAUCUUCUCUGUAUACACAAUGCUGCCAUUCCAGCUGAAGGACGCUGUAGUGCUGAGCGUCAUUUCCUCUCUGUCCCACAUUUUGGCCAUCACAAUACACCUCAGCUUUUACAGCACAGAGACCAGAUACCUUGCCAACCAGCUGCUGUCCAACCUAGUGGUGUUUCUGUGCGGCAGUGUGGUGGGAGCCUUUCAUAAAGUCCUAAUGGAGAAAACCCUGAGGCAGACUUUCCAGGACACCCUGAGGUCCGUGGGUAUGCGGAUGAAGCUCGAGGUAGAAAAGAGACAACAGGAGAACCUGCUGCAGUCUGUGUUGCCAGUCUACAUCUCCAUGAAGAUGAAAUUGGCAAUAAUGGAGCGCUUGCAAGAAUGUAAAGACAAAGAAGAGCAACAACGACUCGUCAAAGAUAACAACUUCAAAAGCCUCUAUGUCAAGAGGCAUGAAAAUGUCAGCAUUCUGUAUGCAGACAUUGUCGGUUUCACCCGACUGGCCAGUGACUGUUCUCCCAAGGAGCUGGUCAUUAUGCUCAAUGAACUGUUUGGCAAGUUUGACCAAAUUGCCAAGGAAAACGAAUGCAUGAGAAUCAAGAUCCUCGGAGAUUGCUACUACUGUGUGUCUGGGCUGCCGGUGUCACUGCCUAAACAUGCAAAGAACUGUGUCAAAAUGGGUCUGGACAUGUGUGAAGCCAUCAAGCAGGUACGAGAGGCCACAGGAGUGGAUAUCAACAUGAGAGUCGGGGUUCACUCGGGCAACGUGCUCUGUGGUGUGAUUGGACUUCGUAAGUGGCAGUUUGAUGUAUGGUCACAUGAUGUCACUCUAGCCAAUCAUAUGGAGUCAGGAGGCCUUCCAGGACGUGUCCACAUCACAGAGGUGACUCUGAAUCACCUAAACAAGGCGUAUGAAGUGGAAGAAGGAAACGGUCACCUCAGGGACCCCUACUUAAAAGACGUCCGGACCUACCUAGUCAUUGAUCCACGGUCUAAAGAGCCCUCCCUGAACACCCAAAGGGCACCCAAACCUCGGGUGAAUGAUGGUCUGAAGAUGCGAGCAUCUGUACGUAUGACCCGCUACCUUGAAUCCUGGGGGGCUGUCAAACCUUUCGCCCACCUGCAGAACCGAGAGGGCUUCACACAAGACACGAUUGUCAAUGGCAAACCACGUUUCAAGGAUAUUCCUUUGCGACCGAGCUCCAAGAACCCUGAGAGCUUUGAUGAGUCUCUAGAAGAGGCAUUCUCCUUACCCGCCCCUUCGCUCGGCAGCCCUAAGAAAUCCCAGAAGACUCGGUUUGAUGAGGAGUUGCACAAUGAGAUGACCAUUACCAUAGAUGAGCUCAGCAACAAGCAGUGGUACAAGUUUAAAGAGAGCGGCUUAGCUCUGUCGUUUCUGAAGAAAGAUCUGGCAAAACAGUAUCGAGCCCUGGAUUUGCCGAUGUUCAAACACUACGUCAGCUGUGCCACCUUCAUCUUCCUCUGUAUCUUCAUCAUUCAGAUGUUUGUUGCAAGACUUCGACAGCCACUGGCGGUGUCAUCUGGAGUGCUGUUUUGUGUGCUGCUCCUGGUCCUGGCCAUCUGUUACGCAGGUCACUUACAGCGCCUGUUUCCGGAGAAGCUGUCAGGUUGCCGGUGGCUGCCAGCUGUGUCAGAGGCAGUGGUUAAACAGCCGUUUGUGCGCCUCCCUCUGGCAACCAUCACCACAGCGGUUAUCAUUAUCAUGGCUGUGUUCAACCUGUGCUUUGACGAGGCUUUUAAAGAAGACUACUCUUGCCUUCCCUACUCGGUCUACUGCUGCAUCCUAUCACUCAUUGCAUGUGGAGUUUUCCUUCAGAUGAGCUUUGAGCUUAAAUUGCUCUUUCUGAUUGCGUCGUCCAUGGCAUAUUACGGCCUCAUUUUCAACUACAAGGCUGAUCUCUUUGAUAGUUAUAACCAAAACCUCAGCACCAAGAAGGACAUCUGGAACUUCACAAAAGAUUUGAACUGCAGUGUAGAAAUCCUGAAAUGUUUAGGGCUGGUAAAAUAUCCCCAGUAUAUGAGUUGCAUAUACAUCACACUUUUCCUGGUCACCAUGCUCAUCAUCUCACUGCAGAAUGAGUACUGCUUCUGCCAUGACUUCCUGCUAAAGAACAAGAACCACACAGAGCAGGAUGAGAUCGAGACGAGAGAGAACUUGAACCGCCUGCUGCUGGAAAACGUGCUGCCGGCCCACGUGGCAGCGCUGUUUGUUGGGGAGAAUAAGAAGAACGAGGACCUCUACUACAAGUCCUAUGACUGUGUGUGCGUGAUGUUCGCUUCUGUGCCGGAUUUCAAAGAAUUUUACACCGAGUGCGAUAUCAACAAAGAAGGUCUGGAAUGCUUGAGACUUCUCAAUGAGAUCAUCGCUGACUUUGAUGAGCUGUUGUCCAAACCAAAGUUCAGCGGUGUGGAGAAGAUCAAGACAAUCGGCAGCAGUUACAUGGCUGCUGCGGGGCUUAGUGGGCCACCUGGUCAGGAGAACAAUCGGGACAGAGAACGGCAACACGCCCAGAUAGGGAUCAUGGUAGAGUUUGCCAUCGCUCUGAUAGGCAAGCUAGAUGGCAUCAACAGACAUUCCUUCAAUAGCUUCAGGCUUCGUGUGGGAAUUAAUCAUGGCCCAGUGAUAGCCGGAGUAAUCGGAGCAAGGAAACCGCAGUAUGACAUCUGGGGCAACACGGUCAAUGUAGCCAGCAGAAUGGAGAGCACUGGAGAGCUGGGAAAAAUCCAGGUAACAGAGGAAACGUCUCUCGUGUUGCAGGAUCUGGGCUACUCGUGCGAGUGUCGAGGACUAAUCAAUGUGAAGGGGAAAGGGGAGCUCAAAACUUUCUUUGUGUGCACCGAUAUGAGCAAGCAGCAAGGUAUGGGUCUGAGCUGAGGCCAGGUCAAUGCUGCAAAAAGAACUCUGGACAAAAUGGUUUACAGACUCCUGCUGGUCAGACAUGCGGACCUGAUAGCUGCGUUCCUGUGAUGUUGCUGAAUUAAGGAUUUUUAAAGGAACUGCUUAUUUGCUGUGUGGUGGAUAUUGCAUUCAACACUCAGCAUCUCAUGGUUGGAUCAGGAGAUGACUGAGGAGAUGGUCAGUAUGUACAAUCACCAUCUUUUUCUAGUCACAAACACAGUGACACAAGUGAUCGAUCACUUUUGUACUAUUUUCCAUGUCUGUAAUCUUACGUGAUAGAAAAAAACGUGUAUUGUACUAAAGCCAAAUGCAAUUGAGAUUUUGGAUGACCAUUUUGGUCCUUUAAAACAAAAAAUAGAGGGUGGAAAUAUCCCCAGUGGAUUCUGUUUGAAUCUGAAUUUGAAACUUGUAUGGGUUCCGGUUUGAGAGGCGAUGGACACCGUUGCUGUUACUGUGUAAUGAGCCAGACAUAAAUGUGUUAAGCUGUUUCAAUGUCAGAAACCAGCUGUACAGAAGACAGGGAAACUUCUCUUGCUCCCAUCUAUAGAAGUAAAUCUAGUAAGCUUUACUUUGUGGCUAAACUGCAAAUCCUGAAGCAGAUUAAGAUUAGGUUUCCAUCACUUUGUGGUCUUUAUGUGACCUUUUAGGAAUUCCAGCUGUGCUGUUUGGCCUUAGGAACAAUAAUUUAAUAAGAUAUGUACUGUGUUUCAGGAGGAAAUACAUUUUCUUUAUGUAUGCCAUCUGUGUAAGUGUUUAAUCUGCUCAGAUAAGAAAUCCAUUUUCAGCAUCUUUGCCUGCCUGUCUCCAUAUAUGCUGCGAUGAAGGGUAUCUGUGACGCUCUCUUCGAUGUCCUCGAUCUGUUUGAUCUAACAACCUGCCUGCUGUGAAUGUUUUUCUGGCCCCAGCUCAGAGACCACUUAAACUGAUCUGGAUCACUUUCUGUGCCUCUGAAACUUGUCUUGCGGCCUUAUCUUCUAAGACCAACAUUUUGUCUGUAAUUGUGGUUACAUAAUAUUAACAACAAUAAUAAUAAUGUACUGGCCUUUCCGUGAACAAAUGUGACAUUGACUUUUGUACAGUUACAGAAUGUAAUAAAUGUUUUAAGUCUGCAGUUUGUCACGCAGCGUUACACAAGA